UACCUCCUAUAAACUCCGGCGCCCGCGAAGCUCGGAGCCUGCGGCCUGGGGAGCUCAGCUUGCCGGUUACCAAGAUGUCCGGGGACGCAACCAAGAGCCUUGGGAAGGGAAGCUCGCCCCCAGGGCCUGUCCCGGAGGGCGUGAUCCGCCUCUACAGCAUGAGGUUCUGCCCGUUUGCGGAGAGGACGCGGCUGGUCCUGAAGGCCAAGGGAAUCCGUCAUGAAAUCAUCAAUAUCAACCUAAAGAACAAGCCUGACUGGUUUUUUAAGAAGAAUCCCCUUGGGCUGGUGCCAGUUCUGGAAAACAGUAAGGGGCAACUGGUCUACGAAUCUGUCAUCACCUGUGAGUACCUGGAUGAAGCAUAUCCAGGGAAGAAGCUGUGGCCAGAGGACCCCUAUGAGAAAGCUCGUCAGAAGAUUAUCUUUGAGAUGUUCACCACGAUACCACCUUUGUCAUCAAGCUACAUUAGAAAGCACAAAACUGAAGACUGCUCUGGCCUAAAAGAAAACUUGCGCAAAGAAUUCAGCAAACUAGAGGAGAUUCUGGCUAACAACAAGACAACCUUCUUUGGUGGCAAUUCUGUCUCUAUGACUGAUUACCUCAUCUGGCCCUGGUUUGAACGGCUAGAAGGACUGGAGUUAACCGAUUGUCUGGACCACACCCCCAAAAUCAAGCUCUGGAUGGCAGCCAUGAAGAAAGAUCCCACAGCAGCAGCACUCCUUCUUAACGUGAAUCACCAGCGCCAUUUCUUAGAACUGUACUUAAAGAACAGCCAUGAGGCCUGCGACUAUGGGCUCUGAAGGAGGCAGGAGGCAGCAACAGAGCUGUAGCUGAUGCUUCCCUUGACUAAUAAAAGAAUAAUACGCUUUUAUUUUA